AUGCCCCAAAACUGUCUUUUGUCUGCUGUCCAGAACCACUGCUACAAACUCUGCCUUACAGUCCCAAAACUGUAUAAGUUCUGUCCAAAAUCAACCUAUGUUGCAGCAGUCAAACUAGUUCUGCUAUGUUGUCCCAAUUUUGCACAAUUGAUUCUGUACUCACUUCAAACGCGUUGCAUCCUUCUCUGCUCAUCUCCAAUCCGUUCAACCCAAGACCUCCAUGAGACCAUCGUCUGGAUUCAUCGUCUGGUUCUCACGCUUCCAAAUCAACCUCUCUCCUUCAAGCACGAUUCACUUGGUUUUCCUUUCGAUUCUGCAGCGUUGUGGCUUCGAUUGCUUAAACAACUCCAUCGCUUCAAACUCAGCGGCUCAGUCCCGUAUUUGUCGUUUCUGUUUGCUCAUCUACGAUCAUCUUCACAUAUCAACCUCGUCAUACUAUUUGAGGACACAAACCUCUGUGCAAUUCACGCCAAGCGUGUGACUGAGGCUAUGAUGGUGGAGGAUGGAUUUGAGUGGUUUUGUGGGAGGAAGAAGAAAGUAUAUUGGAAUUCCUUGAACAAGUUCUGUUUCCGCGGCAUCCUCGACGAAUCAAUCGGCGAGGGAACCCAUUUCCUUAUUCCAUGGGUUCAAAAACCCUACAUCUUCGAUAUUAAAACCCGCCCCCAUACUUUCUCAUCAAUAUCCGGCACCAAAGAUCUUCAAAUGGUUAACCUAACUCUUCGAGUCCUCUCUCGUCCCGACACCGUGAAACUCCCUGUCAUCGUUCAAAACCUCGGUCUCGAAUACGACGAGAAAGUCCUCCCUUCGAUCGGUAACGAAGUUCUGAAAUCUGUUGUGGCGCAAUUCAAUGCUGAUCAGCUCCUUACUGAACGUCCUCAGGUUUCUGCCCUUGUUAAGGAGACUCUUGUCCGACGUGCUAGGGAUUUUAACAUCCUUCUCGACGAUGUGGCGAUCACACAUUUGUCUUUGUGUUGGAAGUUUGUUACUGGUGGUAACUGUCGGAGAUGUUUGGAGGAUGCGGUUACUAGGAUUGGUUCUUCGUGUAGGAAGAAAGAAGAUGGACGGGCUUUGAAUUCUGGUUGUUAUUUGAGGCAUUCACUACACAAGUUCUAUAACAAUUCAAGUAGUAAUGAUGUUGCUGCUGGAAAUCGCGGACACCGAAAAAUGGCUAUAAUAUUGGCUGCAUCUUCUGCUGUCUUGGCUCUUCUUUUGGUUACUGCAACAAUGGGUUUCUUUAUAAGAAAGAAUGUAAUGAGGAAAAGAAGAGAGAGAAAACAAUUUGGGACACUUUUGGAUACAGUGAAUAAAUCCAAGCUAAAUGUUCCAUAUGAAAUUCUUGAAAAAGCAACAAAUUACUUCAAUGAUGACAAUAAGCUAGGACAAGGAGGAUCAGGUUCAGUUUAUAAAGGAGUUAUGCCAGAUGGUAAUACUGUGGCUGUUAAAAGGCUUAGUUUUAACUCGACACAAUGGGUGGAUCAUUUCUUCAAUGAGGUUAAUUUGAUUAGUGGAGUUCAUCACAAAAAUGAUGAGAGAAGAAAGAAUACUUACACGUCGGAGUCACUCCGCCAACGCUUCAAUCGUGAUUCAGGAGAGAGUGACGCUGCUAUAUUGAUUUCCGAGGCUACUGCUGCGGCUGGGAUGGGGUUGGUUGAGCUUAGGAGGAUUGAAGCUUCCAGGGAAGUUGCUGGAACGCUUGCGAAAUCGCCUAAUGUUACUUAUCUUCCUGGUGGAAACAACAUGAUGAUGGCUCUUAAUCCUGCUGGUUGA